AAAAAAUUGAAAUUGAAAAAAAAAAUUAACAUGAAAUGAAAAGGCGGAAAAAAGAGGGAAAAAUAAAAAAUAAAAGAAAACAGAGGGAGAGAAGAGAGAGAGAGAGAGAGGAAGGCGAUGAAUUGAUGCCAUUAUACGCUUAAACUUUCCUCCACCACCACCAUCAACGUCUAUGGAUCUAUCGUCUCCUCCUCCCUCUCUUUCUCUCUCCGCUGUCUGAUCGCCGCCCACUCCUCGAUUUCCUUCCUCCCUCGUCGCCGGUUCCGCCACCGCCUCCCUUCUCCCCGGAGAUCGUUGCCCGCCUUCAUCGGUGAUGCUAUGUCCUGUUGAAGGGGAACUGUAAGCGCACAUCAAAGGACAUUGUUCUCAGGGUGUCCAACCGAUGGCUUCUGUGGGUAUUGCACCUACUUCUGGUUUGAGAGAAGCUACUAGUCAUAAUGCAGCAGGUGUUGACAGGUUACCUGAAGAGAUGAAUGACAUGAAGAUUAGAGAUGAUAAAGAGAUGGAAGCAACGGUGGUUGAUGGAAAUGGAACAGAAACUGGUCAUAUCAUUGUUACAACAAUUGGUGGUAGAAAUGGCCAGCCAAAGCAGACUAUAAGUUACAUGGCAGAGCGUGUCGUAGGCCAUGGAUCUUUUGGGGUGGUUUUCCAGGCAAAAUGCUUGGAGAAUGGAGAAACUGUUGCAAUAAAGAAGGUUCUUCAAGAUAAGAGGUACAAGAACCGUGAGUUGCAAACCAUGCGCCUGCUUGACCAUCCCAAUGUGGUCGCUUUGAAGCAUUGCUUCUUCUCAACUACGGAAAAGGAUGAACUUUACCUCAAUCUGGUUCUUGAGUAUGUCCCUGAAACUGUGCACCGUGUGAUCAAACACUACAACAAGCUAACUCAGAGGAUGCCGUUGAUCUAUGUGAAACUUUAUGCAUACCAGGUGUGGCCCAUGUUACUUUACCUUGGACUUGGUCUUUUAAUAUAUUCAUUUACGAUAUUCAGGGCAUUGUCAUACAUUCAUCGUACUAUUGGAGUGUGCCAUCGAGACAUUAAACCCCAAAAUCUUUUGGUAAAUCCACACACACAUCAGGUUAAGUUGUGUGAUUUUGGCAGUGCAAAGGUCUUGGUGAAAGGGGAACCAAAUAUAGCUUAUAUUUGCUCAAGAUAUUAUAGAGCACCUGAGCUUAUAUUUGGAGCGACUGAAUACACUACAGCUAUUGACAUUUGGUCAGCUGGUUGUGUUGUUGCUGAGCUGCUACUUGGACAGCCUCUAUUUCCUGGCGAGAGUGGAGUUGACCAGCUUGUAGAGAUAAUUAAGGUGUUGGGUACUCCAACUAGAGAAGAGAUCAAGUGUAUGAACCCAAACUAUACGGAAUACAAGUUCCCUCAGAUCAAGGCUCACCCGUGGCACAAGGUAUUCCACAAGCGCAUGCCUCCAGAGGCAGUUGAUCUUGUCUCAAGACUCCUGCAAUACUCCCCCAACCUACGAUGCACAGCUCUGGACGCCAUGACACACCCGUUCUUCGAUGAGUUACGUGACCCAAACACACGCUUGCCAAAUGGACGAUUCCUUCCACCGCUAUUUAACUUCAAAGCUCAUGAGAUGAAGGGGGUGCCCGUGGAGACUUUAGUUAAGUUGAUACCAGAGCAUGCGAGGAAGCAGUGUCCGUUUCUCGGAUUAUGAUCUCAGACUGUAACAAAGGCUCAGCAGGUGUUCCCUGGAUUGUGACGAGUGAUGUGCGCUACCUACAUUGUCACACGAUUGGACAAUCGUCUUAAUCAUCAUCGUCAUCAUCUUAUUAUAUAAUGAUGUUAAAAUUUGGUUCUCUGUUGUGGGUUCGUUUGAUAUAAUUUUUGUUGUUGUCAAGAGAAGGAAAAAGAACAACAGAUGUAGUGAAUUACCUGCUUUUAAUGUCUGUGCAAACCCGAUGACAACCCCCUCAGCGUCUUAUUCUUCUACAACCUGAUGUAUUCUGACUCUGUUUCUUGUGUCUCGUCGUGCCUCAUAAGUAAUUUGUAACAAAGCUUACUGUAGUGAACUUAAAGGACGGAUGGACGAAUCUCAUUUGUUGUCUUCUUCAGUGUAAUGUAACUUUUGCUUUCAUGGGUAAAGGGGGGUAAGAACAGAGAUAAAUGGAACUAUGAACACUUGUGUGUGGUUUGAUCGUUCUGGUUUUCACAUUGUUGCUGUGUAGGAAUUUCGAUUAACAAGUUUAAUGGGAUGAUUUGGUCGGUUUUGUUUAA